AUGGCUCUUUCUGGGUAUAAAAAGGAUGGAAAAGAGGUGCGGAUUUUCGAGAAUGCCGAUGAACUUAGCAGCAAUUUAGCCGAAUAUAUUUCUGAUUUAUCAGAGUCUUGCAUCAAAGAACGAGGCGUUUUUGCCAUCGCUUUAUCCGGCGGCUCGCUGAUUAGCUUGAUGGGAAAGAUCUGUGAGGCCCCUUACAACAAGACAGUCGAUUGGGCCAAGUGGUAUAUAUUUUGGGCCGACGAACGUGUCGUAUCGAAAACUCAUGCCGAUAGCAAUUACAAGCUCGUGAAGGAUGGGUUUUUAUCCAAGGUCCCGAUAGUUCACAGCCACGUCCACUCGAUCAACGACCUUGUGACAGCCGAGCAAGCAGCCGAGGACUACGAGUUUGCCAUCCGCCAGCUCGUGAGGACACGUGUCGUCAGCGUGUCAGAAUCCAACGACUGUCCUAAAUUCGACCUUAUCCUACUCGGGAUGGGCCCGGAUGGCCACGUGGCUUCCCUAUUCCCGCGCCACCUGGCGCUCGACGAGCAGGAUCAGUGGGUGACUUUCAUCACGGACUCCCCCAAGCCCCCUCCCGAGAGAAUCACUUUCACGCUGCCGGUAAUUAACUCAGCGUCGAACGUGGCUAUAGUAGUGACAGGUGGCGGAAAGGCGGAGGCUGUACACCUGGCAGUUGAUGGUGCAGGCCCUGAUGGCCCGGAGUUGCCAGCAGGGAUGGUGAGGCCGAUUAAUGGGGAGCUCGUGUGGUUUUUGGAUUCAUCGGCUGCAGCUAGUAUUGAGAGCGGGCGAUUUUCGGAGUAG